AUGACCACACCCUUGUUCGGAUUCAUGGGGAACGAUGUUCAGCCAGUCGGUCAGAUUAAGUUGGCCAUUUUGCUCGGGGAAGAGCCACUCAGAAGGACACGGACUGCUAACUUCAUCGUUGUGGAUGCUCCCUCAGCGUACAACGUCAUUUUAGGUCGACCGACCCUCAACGAGUUUCGGGCAGUCGUCUCAACAUUCCACCAGAAGAUCAAAUUCCCCGUGGAAGACCGAGUAGGAGAAGUUAAAGGCGAUCAGUUGGCAGCGCGACAUUGCUAUGUGGAGAUGGUACGAGCAGAGACGAGAUCGGCUCGGAAGGCCCCCUGUAUCGAGGUAAAUACUAUAACUGAGAAGCCGCCUACUUUUGUUUAUAAAGAAAAGGAGGAGGUACAGAUUAAUCCGGCUCGAUCGGAGGCCACGACGUUCAUAGCCUCCGACCUGGAGACAAACCAGAAGGAGGAGUUGAUCAGAUGUCUCCAACAAAACCAUGAUGUCUUUGCGUGGUCGACGCACGAGCUGGCGUGUUCGAAGGAUUUUUACCCACUGCCCCGGAUCGACCAAAUGGUGGAUUCGACCACCGGGUGCGAACUGAUAUGCAUGCUGGAUGCAUAUCAGGGUUAUCACCAGGUGCCACUCACCCGGGGGGAUCAAGAGAAGGUCAGUUUCAUCACGGUAGACGGCACUUAUUACUAUAACGUCAUGCCGUUCGGACUGAAGAACGCAGGGGCUACUUACCAGCGACUCAUGAACAAGGUGUUCUGGAAGUAG